AUGAACAUCGUUAACCGGGAGAGUGACGAGCCAAGCAUCUACGCCAACCUGAAGGUCUUCGGCAGAGAGAUCACCUUCGUAGACCUGUACGGAGCCGACAUCGUCCGCGGAAUCAUGAACGAAGGCAUGGUCAGCCUGCCCAACAUUGAGAGGAAGCUGCGCGAGGGAUACGAUCUCACAUUCACCAAGAUUCAGCCACUCGUCAUGGCUCGCACCAUCGUGCCGACACACGCCGGUCUGCCCUUACAGCUGCACCUGUGUGGAGUCAAGGUCAUCACCAACAAGGGCGUCGUGAGAGGUUCCUUCGAGCCGGCUCUGUACCAGACCCAGCGCCUCAACAUUCCAAACUCUCUGACACUGACCGCGGACAUCGUCCCAAGGGUCAUCGUUGACAUCGUCGGAAACAUGACAGUCAAGCUGGCCACCUUCAGCGCAGGCGCUGGCAUCACCGCUCAGCUCGCUGUUGAGAAACCGAUCCGUGGCAGCGUUAACAUCGACAUCGCCACCAAGCAGCUGACAGUCGAUAUGGAGCCCGUCGAGACCACCGAGUUGGAAGUAGCGAAGUUUGAGGUAAAGCCAGUCACCUACUUUAUCCGCACCCCAUUCACCAGCUUCGUGUCCCGCCACGCCUACGUGAGCGGUCCCAGCUACUACCAAGAAGAGCUGAUCACCGGAGAGGAGAGCAGCAUUCCGUACGAGUACACCUAUGAGACAGAUUGCCCAGCCUUCGGAAAGCGUGCCCUCUACGCAGCGAGGCUGAACAUGCCCUUGCCCGGAGCACCACACAUGCCAUUCAAUGGAUACCAGCUUUUGGCCAUCCGCACCAGGCCCAUCACCCCUCGCCAGGUUCAGUUCGUUCUGAAGCUCACCAACAACGCAGCCAACAUCCCGAGAGUGCAGACCUCCCGCUGGUCCAUCCACAGCCCGAGCCCCAUCAUGUCUGAGCAGCCAUACACCUAUGCCAUAUACGCUGCCGUCAAGAGUCAAGGCGAUCAGGUGUUCCACGAAGCUCUGCUCAGCUACCAGUACUCUGAAUACUUCAAGAAGCAGUACGUAAGCUUGGAAGUUACCGGACAGGAAUACAUCUUCAACGUGAACGGACGCGUUCUCUUCCCUGAGAUUGACGUGUCCAUCCGCAGACCACUGUCAGAGCUUACCGGAAUGCUAGGAAACGUAGAGGGUGAACUCAACAUUGAGUGGAGCCACAGACAACAGGCAAAGAAGGCCGUCCAGAUCAUGUUCACGUCUGAGAAGACAGCGGAGCAGCUCGAAUACGAGCCGGAGAGACUGAGGGAGAUCUACGAGACUGAGCGCACCCCGAGGCAGUGGCGUGCGUCAGAGAGCUUCACCGAGCUGAGACAGAUGACAUUCAUCGUGCGCAACUAUGAGGAGAUUCCAGAGUACCUGGCUGAAUACAUGUACAAGUACCACCUGUACACGAUGGGCAAACUGUGGAGCUACAUUGGAGAGCAUGAAGUCACCUUUAGAUCUGCCCCGAGAUACACUCCAGGACAGAUCAAGUUCAUCACCAAGCUGUACCCCAACAACCGUCAGGUCGACGUGAUCAUUGAGAGCCCACAGCAGAAGGUUUCCUACCUGCGCCUGCCUCUCCCCUUCGCCCUGGAGCCUCUCUCAUACCGUAGGAGCGUCUUCACCAACUACAUCCAGAAGGUCACCGGUGAUACAUACUGCGAGCUGUACAGCAACAACCAGCUGCGUACAUUUGAUGCCGUCAACUACACUCUGCCCCUGAAGUCGUGCGAGCACAUCCUGGCCAAGGACUGCAGCAGUGACAACGCAUACACUGUCGUUCUCAGCAAGGACUCGACCACCAACAAGAAGAUUGUGAAGAUCAUGACCGAGGGCAAGACUGUUGAGAUCAUGACCCCUACUAAGGUGAUCGUUGACGGAGCGCCCAUUAACGCACAGGAGGAGUACAUUGUCAGGAAGGACCCGUCCAACGCCAGCAGCAAGGUUGUGCUGAAGGUCAUGUACGAAGCUGCCAACCUCGUUACGGUCAAGGCCCCGGAGAUCGGUCUCAUCGUCAGCAGUGACGGCGCCAGCGUCAAGAUCGAGCUGCCCAACCGCUACAGAAGCAAGCUGUGCGGCCUGUGCGGCGACUUCAACAGCGAGAUGAAGGACGAGCUGGUCGGACCAAAGCGCGAGAUCUACACCAACCUGCACCACUUUGUCAAGAGCUACGUUAUCCCGAACAGCUGCCAGGUGAACGGAGACUACGAGUCGUACGGCGCAUACAGGCCCUACGAGUACGAGACCGAGCAGGGCAACGCCUACAACAGGGCCUACGAACCCGAAUCCGGCGUGUACGGAGAGAGGACCUUCGAACCCGAAUCCGGUGUGUACGGAGAAAGGCCCUUCGAACCCGAAUCCGGCGUCUACGGAGAAAGGACCUUCGAACCUGAAUCCGGUGUCUACGGAGAAAGGACAUACGAACCCGAAUCCGGCGUGUACGGAGAAAGACCCUGGGAAUCCAAGACCGGCGUUUACGGAACCAGGGGCUACGGAAUCGGAUCCAACGAGUACGGAGUCAGGCCGUAUGAUAGCGAGGAUGAAUCUAUCCAGUAUUCGUGGCCGACCAACGCAUACGACUACGAGAACCCAGACUUCAUCAGACCAGAGUUGGAAGAUGAGUUCGAAGAGUCCAGGCUGCCAGUUGAUACCUUGUUUGGACACGGAACCGUUCGCAAGACCAUGGUCAUCGAAACCGACCAGUUCCCGCCGCAGAUCUGCUUCUCCGUCGUCCCCAUCGUCGACUGCCAGCAGGGAUACUAUCCGGAGCCAUCCGUCAGCAAGCAGCUGAAGGAGACUGGCUUCACCUGCAUCGACGCCCGCGAGCCUUCCGCAGUGGAGAAGAAGCGCGAAGCCAUGAUCCGCGUUCUGCCGGAGAUGGCCACCAAGACGAUCCACCGCAAGCAGAUCGUCGAGGAGCCAAAGCAGUGCACCCAGAGAUAUUAGAUGCGGAGAUAGCAUACGGAUAAUAAAUCGCCCCAUGGUGAACCCGCUGUGCCGCGUUGAUUGCAGUCUACAGUAACGACGGCCGCAGGUUCAAUGAUUCACCAGCAGUGGGUGGUUAUGGUUGACGCACGCCCAUUCGCUAUAGAUCGACCAGUGUUCUGUUUUGAGUAUACGUAGUCGUAAUAACGUAGGUUCUUUCUUGGAUUUGCUGACGCCUAAUAAGAUAUAAAUGAAAAACAUUGCCGCUGUGGAGCAAUAAAUUAUUCGCUUUAAUCAUACCGUUAUUUAUAUUGUUUCAGUUCUUGAAUGUAAUGCAGCAGAUGACUUUCAUGACUAUAGCAAACUUUCUAAUUCAUUACUGACCUGUAUCAAAACGCAGUAUGAAGUCAGCAUUCACAUUGAAAGUAUCAGAGUUAAAAUUUUAAACGAUUUGUUGACAGUUUGUAUUAACGGAUUUCCUUCCUCGUCUAAAUAUCACCUUCAAUGCCAAUUCCGAGCAAACUUCUAUAGUGAAUCUCGUUAUGAUAGAAAUCGCUAGUGUUACUAGAUGUUAGCCUUAAGGCAUUGUUAGCAAUGUGUUGUCAUCAAUGGAAAUUGCCAUAAAAGACGGCAUGAUCUAUGCCGGGUUUAGCAUAUUGUAACUCGCGACUUUUCUUGAACUAUAUAUUCGUUGUUUUAUUGAGAAUAUAUAACCAGUUGUUUUUGUAAUUCUUGUUGCACAUUGCCAGAGAAACAAUCCUUGAUGUUCUAUGCCGGGUUUAGCAUAUUGUAACUCGCAACUUUUCUUCAACUAUAUAUUCGUUGUUUUAUUGAGAAUAUAAAA